AUGACAACGAUGUUCGUCCAACUGCGCCGCGUGGUGUACCUGUUGGUACUUCUGCAGUGCUGUGCGUGUGUGGCAUAUGCGCAGAGUGGCUCAACUGUAAAUGAUCAUUAUUUUAAACAGAAGGUUGAGGACUUUAAGCUUAUGUAUAGUGCGUUAAAAAAUUCAAUAAGUAAUGCGGAAGAAUCUUCAAUGGCUAUGGAUAAAGAAUUUGUUGCAUGUGAUGUUUAUUCUUCACAUGCAUUAAAUGCCGUGUAUCAACUGAAGAGCCUCACCGAAGGAGCGGAGGCGGAGAUGAGUCCGAUUAACACUUCUACCAGACCUGAGGAGAUGAAAGAACAGCGGAAGAAGUUUGAAACUGCACUACAAGAAGCCAAAGAUGACCUAUCUAAUGUCACGUUAGCAGUGAACAAAACAAGAGAGGCGGCUGAAGAAGUUAACAAGGCAUUAAAUGAGGUGGAAAGACUUGCUGAGACUGUCAUCUCCUAUGCUGAGGAAAUUUUGGAUUCUCCUCCAAAAUUAUCUCGGUCGUCGUACCAAAUAUUUUUGGGAGUGGAGGAGUUAGUUAGGGCCGGCAAAAGAGAAGGUGAAUACGCUCAGUCUUUCGCUACAGAAAUAAAACCGAAGGUUCAACCGGCCUUGGACGCUGCGAAGAAGGUGGAGGAACAGGCAGAAUCUCUGAAAGUGGAAGUGGAGUUGGCGGUUCGAACAUUCAACGAGUACUUGGAGAAACAUGGUCUUAACCCUGAAGAAGAAACAACGGAUUCACAGCAGAAUACUUCAGAGAAUGAAGUGCCUGAAAAAGAAGGGGCUGACGAGAUUAUUACGGGAAAUGAAAAUGGAGAAGGCAAUGUUCAAACGCCAGAGGAAAAUGAGGGCUCUCAGAACAACACUCCUAAGCCCAGUGAUUCAUCUUCUUCUGGAACCUCGCCAUCGCAAGAAGAGGAAACAACUAAUUCUCCUUCUUCUUCAGAUUCAACCUAUUUGGAUAAUACACGGCCAAGUGACAGCAGCAGCAGUCCUGCAUUGGUGCACAGUCCCUUAUUGCUGCUUCUUGUUUCGAUGUGUGUGCUGGGCUGCACUGCGGUGUUCUAA